AUGGCAGCCAGGGCCUCUCUAUCCCAUGGCGAUUACACGGUCGGAUGGAUAUGCGCCUUACCCUUGGAGAUGGCAGCCGCAAAGCUGAUGUUAGACUCCAAACACCCGAGUCUACCACGGCCGCCGACAGACCAAAAUACGUACAUUCUGGGAAAUAUCGGGGAUCACAACAUCGUUAUUGCCUGUUUACCAAGCGGUGCUUAUGGGAACGUAUCAGCUGCUACAGUAGCGAUGCAGUUGCUCUCGACUUUCCACUCUAUCCGGUUCGGUCUAAUGGUCGGUAUCGGUGGAGGGGUACCAAGCAGCAACGCAGAUAUUCGACUAGGCGACAUUGUGGUGAGCCAGCCAGCGGACACAUCUGGAGGCGUGAUUCAAUACGAUCUCGGCAAAGCGUUAAGUGGCGGUCAAUUCCAACGAACAGGGAUGCUGAACCGGCCACCUAAGGUCCUGCUAACUGCCCUCGCUACACUCCAAGCCCACCACUUCACCGAAGACAGUCGAGUCUUUGAAUUCAUAUCCGACGUCCAAGCCAAAAUGAAAUCGCGGACGGCUGCGAAUUUUGCACGACCGACCAAGAGCGACUUUUUAUACCAAACUGAAUAUGACCAUAGAGCAUCAGCCACGUGCGUCGAUUGUGAUAAGUCAAAACUGACUCUACGGCCUUCUCGGGAUCAUGAAGAACCGGUAAUUCACUAUGGACUGAUUGCAUCUGGAAAUCAAGUAGUGAAAGAUGGCAAACAGAGAGAUCAGCUAGCUCAGGAACUAGGGGUCCUCUGUGUGGAAAUGGAAGCGGCCGGACUUAUGAAUGACUUUCCUUGCUUAGUGAUCCGGGGCAUUUGCGACUAUGCUGACUCACAUAAAAAUAAGGAAUGGCAAGGAUAUGCGGCAGCAGUGGCAGCAGCCUAUGCUAAGGAGCUUGUUUUAAUAGUUCCAAUCGACCAGAUUGAGACUACUCCAACAGCACGAGAUACUCUAGCAGACUCUGUCCACCGCUUCAACAUCCCCCUAGACCUUACCGCAGUUCCUGUGAUUGAGGAAUUUAUUGGGCGACAAAACGAGCUAGAUAAUCUAUGGCAGUAUCUCCAACCAACAAAUUCGACAUCGCGGAAAGUUGCAAUCCUUCAUGGGCUUGGUGGGAUGGGAAAAACACAGCUAGCGAUUCGCUUCGCGCGAGAUCAUAAAAGUGAUUUUACGGCUAUCUUCUGGCUUAGUGGCAAGGAUCGAGAUACGCUCUUACAAUCGUUAAGCUUUGCCUUAAACCGACUACCAGGACAGGGUUGGGAUAGCGAGGCGACUAAUGAAGGAGAGGUAGAGCAACGAGCCAGACAUAUGCUACGGUGGCUAGCAUUGGAGGGCAACUCGCGCUGGCUGAUCAUUUUUGACAACAUCGAUCGAUACUCCCCUUUUAAUAGCGCUGCUGAUAAGGGAUAUGAUAUUGCGGAAUUUUUCCCCAAAGCAGACCAUGGCUCUAUCCUUAUCACUUCUCGACUUCAAACGCUGAGUGAGCUAGGGAAGUCUUUCCCAGUUCACAGGCUUGACUCUCAUAACUCAAUUGAAUUACUCCGACAAAGCAGUGGUCUAUCAGCAAGGAACACCACCAGCAAAUUUGAUGUCAAUCCAGAUCUCCUUACUCUUGCCAAUCGUCUAGAUGGACUACCUUUGGCCAUCGUUAUCGCCGGGGCUUUUAUGCGGGAAACUGGAACCAGCAUCACUAAGUACUUGCAGUACUACCAAGAAGCUUGGUCUAAGCUACAGCGGCAAUCAAAUCCUGGACGUCAGUACCAGCAAGGCAAUAUGCUACAAACAUGGAUGAUCUCAUAUCGUGAAAUCCAGAGGCGUGACCCAAGGGCAGCAGACCUUCUAUUGUUACUUGCCUGCUUCGAUAAUCGUGAUAUUUGGUUCGAGUUAUUAGGAAAUGCAUCUAAUAGCUCCGAAGUUCCAGAUUGGCUCGAAAGAGCCAUCUCAAGUGAACUUGGGUUCAGAGAUUGCGUGAGGCCCUUGAUAGAAUUCUCUCUUGUUUACACAAAGCAACAAAAAGGAAGCUAUGCGAUGCAUCCUGUAGUACAGGAUUGGUGCAUCCACAUAGCCAGCACGGAUAAAAGUGUGGAUUCCCUCCAGCUUAAUGAACUAGCACUCGUAUGUGUUGGAUACUCGGUUCCUACUGCAAGUGAACGUGAUUAUACGAGGCUAGAGCGACGGCUUAUUCCACACGCGAUUGCCGUGCGCAAUAGACAAUACUCUGCCGACAAACUUUCCAUUUUGGGAGGAUUUCAUGGACUUGGCAAUCUCUACAGAGAUCAAGGGAAGCUGAAAGAGGCAGAGGACAUGUACCAGCGAGCACUGGCAGGCUAUGACAAGGCCCUCGGCCCAGAUCAUACGUCCACCCUAGAUUCAGUCCACUGUCUUGGCAUUCUCUACUCUGAUCAAGGGAAGCUGAAAGAGGCAGAGGAGAUGUACCAGCGAGCACUGGCAGGCUAUGACAAGGCCCUCGGCCCAGAUCAUACAUCCACUCUAGAUACAGUCAACAACCUUGGCAAUCUCUACAAAAAUCAAGGGAAGCUGAAAGAGGCAGAGGAGAUGUAUCAGCGAGCAUUGGCAGGCUAUGACAAGGCCCUCGGCCCAGAUCAUACAUUCACUCUAGAUACAGUCAACAACCUUGGCAAUCUCUACAAAAAUCAAGGGAAGCUGAAAGAGGCAGAGGAGAUGUAUCAGCGAGCAUUGGCAGGCUAUGACAAGGCCCUCGGCCCAGAUCAUACAUUCACUCUAGCUACAGUCAACAACCUUGGCAUUCUCUACUUUGAUCAAGGCAAGCUGAAAGAGGCAGAGGAGAUGUAUCAGCGAGCACUGGCAGGCAAGGAGAAGGCCCUCGGCCCAGAUCAUACAUUCACUCUAGAUACAGUCAACAACCUUGGCAUUCUCUACUUUGAUCAAGGCAAGCUGAAAGAGGCAGAGGAGAUGUACCAGCGAGCACUGGCAGGCUAUGACAAGGCCCUCGGCCCAGAUCAUACGUCCACUCUAAAUACAGUCCACUGUCUUGGCAUUCUCUACAGAGAUCAAGGGAAGCUGAAAGAGGCAGAGGAGAUGUACCAGCGAGCACUAGCAGGCUAUGACAAGGCCCUCGGCCCAGAUCAUACGUCCACUCUAAAUACAGUCAACAACCUUAGCAAUCUCUACUCUGAUCAAGGGAAGCUAAAAGAGGCAGAGGAGAUGUACCAGCGAGCACUGCCAAACAAUGAGAAGGUCGCACAUCUCAAUGCUAGUACGGCACGGCGGGCUAUUAAGAAAUUCGCUAGAUUGUUUAAAUAA